GUGUAUGGUUUCGAUACGAAGACAUGGAUCUACAAAUAGGCCAUACUGCUGGCUGGGUCAAUGGGUAAAAUGAGUUUUGUACACCAUCGACCUGAAUGGAUCAUUGAGAAGAGCUCUUCAAAGCAAAUCUCCCGGACGUACAGUUCGCUAAUACGUCUCGCCAAGUGUACAGAUGUGAAAAGAUUAUAGUAACGUACAGGAGUUUAUCGUCAUCAAGUAGGCUAAAUGAUGAUUUCGAAUAUACAAAUCUUAUUUUGGCUUGUGUUAAAUGUGAUAAUUGAGAAAUCAAUUGAAGCGACUUUCUGCAAAGUUGAUAUCCAGGCAUUUGGAGCGCUCGAUUCUGUAACUUCUGGUCACAUCAAAGUCAAUGACGUCACCUACCUUCAGACUGACGAAAAUGAUUUCGGGAUAUACUUUGCACAGCUGAUUACCUGUAAGGGCGUUUGCAGAAUAAUUGGAGGAAUUCAGCACUUUGAUAUCGCAUCAAGUAGCGCCGAAUCAUCUGCAUGUAAAGACUACAUCAACAGCCUCAUUGAUGACACGUUCAUCUUGAGUGUGACUGCCAGUGACACAUGGGGAGACGGACUACACGCCGGAACAUGUCUCGAUGAACUAGAAGCGAGAGGACUAGUUCAAACAGUCCCGUAUGGCGUAAACUCAUCUGUCGCGUUCGUCUCCAAAGUGAACGACAACACAGAGAAUGUGCAGAACCAAACAGCGAGUGGUGCAACAAUAAAAGCCACAAUUCUUGCAAAUAUCAAUACGUCAUCAGUUCCAGAAAACUGUGUAUGGCGGUGGACUGAACAAGUGGAUCCCGUUAUAGAUGUCGAUGUAAAUACACUCAAUACACUUGAUGCACCCCUGUCAAAUCCUAUUUUGAUAUGCGCAAGGACAUGUGGAGAGUCUGGUCAAUGCAGAUCGUUCCACAUCUCACAGGAAACAGGACAAUGCAUACUUUAUGACGGGACGAGCCCAAAUGAUUUCAAAGACUCAUAUUUCUUUAUGCUUGUAUAAAUUAUAGUCGCCAAGAACAUCUACUUUACAUACGUUUAGGAUUAUAUUGGUUUCAUUGAGUUGUUCCUGUAUAUAUAUUAAUCAUAUUUUGAUUAUUCUUGUGUCAGAUGUGUAGCUAUUCGUGUUAGGCCGAUGUUGAAUGUUUUAAACUAAUAUCAAGUAGUAGUGUAGUUCAUAUAUAAUAGUACCCUAUAUGUUCUUGAUAAUAUUGUUUUCCUAAAAUGUUAAUGUUUUCCUAUGUAAUGAUGUAGCGAUUUCGUAAUGCACCUAUGCACCAGCGUCAUAAUUCUUCGCACAGCUCUAUGAGCAAAUCUCUUUAAUAUCUAAUGUUAGUUACACUAAACUACAGAUGUUUACAAUAUUAAAUUAUGUAUAUUGAUUCAUUUUUAUCAUUAAUUAAUAAACGUGUAGAUAUUAUAUAUAUGAAGGACAUUAAUGUAUUUGAAUAAGGUUGGUAUUGUUGUAAACCUCAUUCAAUUAUUACUUCUUCAAAAUAACUAGGUCAACAAAGGUCAAAUCGCGGUCAAAUUAACCUAGGGUUCUGAGGGUUGUAUUAUAUUAUUAAUUUUCUUUCAAAAUAAAAGUUCUGACCUUCGUUGAAUUUUCUACUCAAUUGCUUCGACAUCAACUUUGCCUUGUUAAACAUUUUCUAAGAGGUGAUAUUUCUAAACAUCAUACUCAUCCAUCUCUAAACUCAGCUACAAAUACUUCCCGUUAAAGUAUGUAAACAUAUGUUGCCGUUCGAGGAUACUUCACUUAUUUUAACUACAUCAAUUAGUUUUUGACUUUAAUAUUGUCAGUUACAAAUAAUAAUCUUAAACAGGUAAUGCGCCUAUUUUUGAAGUAAAAGGAAAAAGUAAUAUUUGAGACAUGUUACUCACACACUCAAUCAAAU